CCGGGUUUCCCGCAUCAGCACAUAGAGCGCGCGUCACUCGGUUCCUCCGCUCCGGCUGUAAAACACCGCAUUACUGCACCAGAGUCCCGGAGACACUGCGGGACACACACACACACACACACACACGCGCGCGCGAGGGACAGACACGAAGAGGACACACGCACAGGGGACAUACAGGCGGAGGACACACGGGCGGAGCUCGCGCUCCGGGACAGAACAGAGAAACCGGACAGAGCGCGCGCAAGGCCAAAUGGAGUGACAAAAGGGAUUCCUCCAUUACCGUCCUGAAGACCUGCAGCUCCAGGAAUUCUUAUCCCUCAUCUCACCUUGGUUUCUUUCCUCUGUGUCCACGCUGUUGCGCGAGAUCUCUUUGUGUUGUUCCGGAGGACAUUCGAUGGCCACCAUGUCCUCCAAAGCGCCCAUCUACCUGAAGCGCAGAAGCCGCAAAGGCAAGAAGGAAAAGCUGCGGGACCUGCUCUCGUCCGACAUGAUCAGCCCCCCGCUGGGUGACUUUCGCCACACCAUUCACAUCGGGAGCGGCGCCGGUGGCGACAACGUCUUCGGUGACCUUUCCUUCCUCCAGGGCAAGUUUCACCUGUUGCCCGGGCAGCAAGGUCAACAAGGGGCAGUUCCGUGGAGCUGCGCUGCUGCCGCCGAGAGUUCGCCACUCCUCAAGAAUGCUCUCUCGCUCCCUGUUAUUGGAGGGGUCCAGGCACUUACGCUUCCAUCCUCUGCCCCCGUCGCAUCGCAGGCUCUCAACCCUGCCACGGCUCCACCCCCAAAACCUCCCAGACUGCACCUGGAGUCACCUCACACGUCGCUUCCUGGCUCUCCGAAGCACUUCCCUGACCAAAAGCCUUGCCUUGUAACGGAGGAAAAGGGAAUCGAGAAAGACGCAGAGCACUCGUAUCUGUCUCAUGCCGGCUCUCUGCUCUCGCUACACCUCGACCUGGGGCCGUCUAUCCUAGAGGACGUCCUGCAGAUCAUGGACACCCAAAGGAUGGGAGGCAUCGCUGGAGGAUUCACGUCAAAUGGACGACAAGAGGUCUACACCUAGGACAUUUCAACUGGUUUUUAUAAUUUUUAACACCUUUAUUUGUUCCCUUGAUUUUUGGAUUGGACAGAAACUUUUUGAUUUGUCCUUGAAAUUGUUACAGACUCUUUUACGCUAUGAGCGUUCAAGGCUACAUCGGGGUGUUUUUUUCUUUUCCUCCUUCCUCAUUGGAGAUAUUGGGAGAAAAAAAGUUCACAAAUUGUAUAACUUCCAGGACUUCCUUGUCCUUGAGCCACUUAUUACACAGUAAUUCAUCUUUUAGACCAGAUCUACAACCUGGAUGGUGAUAUCUUACGCAGUGUGUAUGUGUGUGUGUACGGAUCAAUUUUUUUUUUACCUCCAGUUGAUGGAUUAACUGCAGCAGAAGAUAAACGACUUUCUCUCAGCACUGAGAAUGACAUCACCUCCUCUCUGUUGCCAGUUUCUGAACAAAUACCCGCACCUCGCUCAAUGUUUUUUCUUCAUUAGACGUUCUCGUAUGAUGUCCAAGAACUACGAAUAAGGAAAGGUAUCUUAGUUAAAGACCAUGAGGGAAAAAAACACAGGCGAAACAAAUGUGGCUGAACAAUGUAUGUCUUCCAUCUUAGAGAAAAAGGACUUGGAACGAUGCACCUUUGGCUUUGCUGGAUGUUUCUGCACUCCCUCAGGCUGGGACAGUUGAUCCCUGUUCUCGAGUUCGAGCCUUUUUUAUACGGAGGCGCCAGGAUCCGUUCGUCAACGAAACCACGGUUCGGGUUUCCUUUUCUUUUCUGAACCCCCUGGAGAAUUUUCCUGUUAGCAUAUUCGGGGUGUGAGGGUCAAAUUCCAAGCGAUUCAUUUUUUCUUUUGCUGAAAUUGUUUCCCGAAGUGUGACUGUAAAUUUACUGGCUGUGGUUUCUUUAUCAAAUGUCGCACCUCCUGAAAAUCUGUUUUUUUAGGAAGACAUUUGUUUUUAUCUUUUACUUUUCAGUUUGUUUCAAACGGAACAAAUCCAUACCCUCAUAUUCGACUGUGAAAGCAAGCAAAAAAUAUAACCUACAUCAAGGAUGGUGAAAUGUGAUUGUUUUUCCUUUUAGGCACUGUCUUAUAGGGGGAAGUGGUAGCUCAGUGGUUAAGGCUCUGGAUUAACAUUUGGAAGGUUGGGGGUUCAAGCCCGGGUAUCGCCAAGCUGCCACCGUUGGGCAUUUGAGCAAGACCCUUAACUCUCUGUGCUCCAGGGGCACUGUAUCAUGGCUGACCCCAGCCCCUUAACAUCGCUAGGAGAUGUACAUGCGAAAAGUAAAAAGCACCUUUACCAUUAAAUGUAGUUUGGAUUGGAUGGUCACAAAUUCAAAUUCUAGCACCACCUAGCUGCCACUACUGGGCUCCUAAGCAAGGCCCUUAACCCCUGCUCAGUUGUAAAUCACUCUAGAUAAAAGUCUCUGCCAAAUGCCAUAAAUGUAAAUAGUAAAUAAACAAACAGGAUUCCAUUUGGCACAAUCGAGUAACUUCUACCUGAUUUUCUUUCUCUAGUUACUCAAGUACCAAGUAACCAAGCACCUUUUUUAACCGUCAAGAUGUCGACAGGAAGUGUGGAAGGUGGUAGCUUAGUUAAGCUCAGCUUAGACAUGCCUUAACCCCAUAGCGGCUCAGUUGCAUGAAUGAGAUAAAACAUAAGUUGCUCUGAAUAAGGGCGUCUGCCGAAUGCCAAUAACGUGGGUGGUUCGGUCAGUUGAUUAUUAAUUCGAUUUUGUGCUCAAUAAAGCAAUACAACCCUCUGGUGAAAGGUAAAGAUCAUGCAAGGUCAUGUGACUCACGGAGUAGAUUAUUGUUAUACUAACUGGCUUGUUACAGGAGAGUCAAGCUCGUGAGGCAUAAAGAAUGUUCUGUACACCUGUCACUUUUCCUGUAAUUUCAUGACAUCACACUGAAGACUCCAUUAUCGACAAUUCUCCUCAUUUUUUUAAGGAUUGUCUGAGAGAGAACGUUUGCACUCUUGUCCUGUAGCAUCCUCCUGCUGGACUAUUAAGGGAUGGCAGUUCAGGAAGUCUAUUUUUAGUCAUGCACAAACACUUUUUCCUCUUUAAGGUAAAAAAAAAAGAAGAAUAGCAUGAUUGGAUGUUCUGAAAUAAAGAAUACCUUGUGAGCCAGGCUACCAUGAUAGCAGCUGUAGAGUGUGUGUGUGUGUGUGUGUGUGUGUGUGUGUGUGUGUGUUUGAAAGAGAGAGAUACUAAGGAAUGUGUGUGUUGUGUGCUAAAGACAGUUACCAUGGUUGUGUUGUCAUAAAUCCACACAGAGGCCUUGAGGAGUGAAGCAUCAUGGGAAGGAAGGAGGAGGCACGUGUUUCGACAGACACAUUUUUUUUUAACCCCAAUAAUGUGCCUUUCUUUUUAUCUCUCUCUCUUUUUUCUCUGAUUUAAUUUAUUUAUUCCUACUUUCAUGAUACAGAAACACUAAACCGUAGUUUUGCUGAGGUAACUUUUGUAACUAGUUCCAUCAUCCAGUAUGCGACCGUAUUUGUAAUCGUAUUGUUACAUCUUUGUAAUCAUUAACUCACACCGUUCUCAAUCGAUUGUACAGAAAAUGUUCUUUUUGCUGCUGCUGGUGUGUAAAUGAGCUUCCAGAUUUGCGUCAGGAGACGAUCCGGUCAUUUCCCGCUAAAUAACGAGAAUCCUGUAGAUCAAAAUGUAGCUAUGAAAUGGCAAUAAAGGACAAUUUCAUUUAAA